GUGCCGUGCAGGGCAAAGCGAGUUGGCAGGCCGUCGCGUCGGAAACGAGGGUUGACGAAAGUUGGCCAGGGAAAAAUAUAUAUUUUACCCGACGGGAUGGCUUAAAUAAUUUUCAAGGAUUCUAAGUCGUAGCACAGCUGCAACACUUGUUGGCCGCAAGCAGAAAUCGCAGCGUGUUGCCAUUUGCAAAAAAAACGUGCGACAGCAGCAACUUCUUCGUGCACCGCAGCAACAAGCCACUCAAAACGCGGUUAAAUAAAUUAAUAAUCGUUAUUAAAGCAGAUCAAGAGGUUAAUUAAAGCUUUUAUUAACAGAAUCCAGUUUUAAUCGAUGAAAUGAAUACGCGACGUCGACCCAUUGCUCCAUCGCCGAAUAUUUAUGCCACCAAUGCCAAAAUCUGCCAUUUGGUGGCUCAACAUCCAUGUCUUUACGAUCGCUCCGAUGAGAACUACAUGCGGAAAUCCACUGUGAUAAAUGCCUGGAAGGAUAUAUCCAAAGAGAUGCGAAAUUCGGUCAAGAGCUGCAAGGAUCGCUGGCGCAACAUACGCACCAGCUAUGCCCGCUCCAUAAAGGUGCACCACGGUGCGAAUACUUAUUACCUGAAAGACGAGCUGCAGUUCCUGCAGAAGCACAUCACUCCCGGAAUUCCCGUCCCGCUGAGGGGUCGUCGCUCAAGACCCAAGGGCCAAGAGGAGCUGGAGGAGCAGGACGACGGGCAGCACGAAACGCCUGUAGAGACUAUGCUCGAGAUGAAGAUGUCGCCGAGCAGUCCGGAAACGGGGCAUGCGCAGAGCCGCGACAGCAACGAUUCCGAAUCCGAGGAUGAGGCGGAUGACGAAAUGCGUUCCUGGCAAUCACGGGCCAGAAAGCGUAUGCGUUUGGAGAGCAAAGAGUCCAAGACAUCUAUCUGCAAUGCUGAAGCUUCGCCAACCAUGGAUUUCGAUGACGCAUUCCUGCAGGGACUUCGUCCCGAAAUCCAGCACAUGAACUUCCACCAAAAGCUGUACUUCAAGCGUCGUGUCUACGAACUGCUCGGCGAGAUAUUUCAUUCCGACGAGCCAGCCUCACCCAAGGUCAAUGGGACGCUACCAGCGACCUCUACAACACCCUCACCCUCGGUUUCCCUGCAGCACUUGGGGCUGACGUUGCAGCUGCCCAAGCUGAUGACAAAGCCAGCCAAAGAUGUCUAACUUCCGAGGCUUCAAUCGACUGAUUUCGAAUUUAUGUACAGUACUAGGACAAAUACUAUUUUAAGUUGUUUUUUAACAUGUUCGAAGAAUGUAUAAGCUAACUGCAAGGAGCAGUUAAGAGUCCAUUAUGAAGUUGACAUAAAUAUAAACAAAUUUUAUAAAUCUCAAAA